AUGGGAGACUCCCCAAGGUCAGAUCGGAGCCUCAAUGGUAAUAUACGAUUGACCAAAAAUCGUGAAAGAAUUUUGGAAUUACACAAAAGACUUCAUAAUAAACAAACUCAAGAAGCUCUAUUAGAUACUGAAUUUCAACCCGUUCAAGAAUCACAGCAUCACGCAAAACCUACCAGAAUACGAAGAGCUGAUGUCAAGAAAUACCUCGGUGAACCAUUACCUUUGCCAUAUUUGACCAGUCCCAGAGAUAUCGAGAAAAAGAACGAAGAGAAAACAUUGAACAAUAGUCAAAACAAAACGUCACAUCAAAGGAAUACAAUCAAUAGAUUAAAAUAUCCAUUGGGUCAAAACUUAAGCCACGACGCUGAUACCGAUAUUUACAAGGAAAAAUUGAGAAAGUCACUGAAAACAUUUCAAAGAGAUCAAGCAGAAAAGAAGCUCGUUGAUCGCGUUGUACAGACUGAUGAUAUCUUAAAUGAGCCUCACACACCAAAAUCCUUUAGAUUUCCAACCUCCAGUGGUGAUAUGAGCCCUAAAUCUUAUAAUAAUACUGCAGAUGGGAUGAAACUUGAAAAUUCUUUUGAGAAAGAUAUGUUAUUAAAUGGAUUCAAACUUCGAGAUUCAUCAUUCACACCUGAUAAUUUUCCAAAACCACUAACAAAAUUAAAGCCACCGCUUGAAGUCACAUCAGAUUAUGUACAUGGUCCGUCUUCACGCAAAUCCAACAACAGAAAGGAAAUACAUUUGAAUUGCAGGUCAAUCUUAGGUAGUCCAAUAACUUUAUUCAUUUUGAUAAUGAUAUUAUACAUCUACUUUCAAAAAUUCAUAUUCUAG